GUGUGUGUGUAUCCCCUGAAGGCUCAUGAACACUCCUCACAUUAUUAUGUGUAUGAAGUUUACGUGAUCUCAGGCUGUACAGACCAUUAUAAACAGAAGACGUGUGCGUAAAUGGAAGGUGUACCUAAGGUUACAGCUCGCGAUAUUUCGAUUCAGGGGACUGAUGACUUUUAACUUGUCAAAAGAAAAACUUCAGAUGUUGUUUAUAUAAGGACCCAAGACCUCAAACCAUAUCCGACGGCUCUAUUCUGCUUUAUUACAAAUUGCGAUGCCGUUCUCUAUAACUUGGUUUCGUAUUUCUAAGUAAACAAAACUAACUUUCCAACAGUGAAGGUGUGGAUCGUGGAGCUCAGCAUGGAUCAUCAGACGCGUUUGAACACAGACUUUUACGUUUAUAAAGUCGUGCAGGGUGUUGGGAUUAUGUGGCGGAGAUUUAGUAAACCUUACCGUACUGAAUGUAUUUGACUGCACUCGGAUGAAGUCAUGGGCCGUCGAGUGAUCAUCCUGUCUGGACUGAUUUGUCUCUGUAUGACACGGUGUUGUCCUUCCAGCCUGACACACUGCGACAAUGGCAAGACAAAUCUGGUCACAGACCUACCAGGACCUGACGAGCUUUUGUGUCAAGAGCUUUGGCCACAGUCACAGACGAAUAUGCCUGAUAUUGACACAAAACAUACUAUAAAGGCUGCUGGUCACAUCUGUAUGGAGACACCCAUAAUAUACAAUGACCGCAUACCCACCCAUGGUCCUUACCGGCCUGUUGAGGCAGAGAGUGGAGAGUAUCUUUACUGCCCUCCUCAGCGAUGGCUACACAACCUCAAAAAUGGAGCGCUGGUGUUUCUGUAUCACCCGUGUGUCUCAGCGGAAGCUCGCAGGAGUUUGACGGGGCUGGCUCGCUCGUGUCUGUCUCAUUACAUCCUCACACCUCACCCCUGGCUCAGCCAACACAGGCCUUUAGCAGUGGUCUCGUGGGGUCGCUCACUAGAGAUGUCUCGCGUCACGCUGGGGGUUUGUGAUUGGUUGUUUGCCAUUUCCUCCGAUAUUAGUCUGACUAAUACAAGCCAAAGAGCAAAGUACAAUCUAUAUUUGACAAAACCAGCUCCUAUGGACAAACCGGAGAACACCAGUCAAGAGAUGUCCAAAGUGGAGAGACUAAAGUUCCUUAAAAACUGCUGCAUGGAGACUCUCAGUCUCAUCGAGGUACAGAGGACCAGAGGGAGAACCAGGAAGAGCAGGAUGGUCGUCAAACAAUCCCUGGUGGAACUGAAAGAUGACGUCAAACCAGAAUCUGCUAAACUGAACCUUACAGACACACUACUACAAAAUCAUACAAAAAAGAUGGCCUCCUUCUCAGUGCUAACUGUUACACAAUCUCUCAGUUCUGCAAAGGACAAUUCAAAGACAACCGAGAAGCAGUUGCCACAAAAUAAUGUGACUGAAAGACAUGAAUCCCAAACAGACAGAAAGAAACCUAUGACAGAAAGUAAGAAGCAUCGCAUUAAGACUGACACAAAAGCUCAGAGGUCAGGAUCUGAAUGCGGGGAGCUUGGACAGUGUGGAAUCUCAGACUCCCCAAAGUCUCCUCAUUUAGGAGGGCCGCUGAGGGGCGAGAGGAUACCCAUACAACGUACAGAUGAGGCCGUGUGGGCAGCAGGCGCUUUGGGAUUCCUCUUAGUGCUUCUCACCCUGUCUGUGCUCCAUACACGCCUCUAUCGUCACUGGAGAUCUUCAACCAGUCUCUACUGGCGUGACGACCAGCAAGACUAUGAGAGUGUGGGAGGUGUCGAUUGUGUUCCAGACAUCAUCCGGCGGAGGCUUAGGAUGGUUGGCCGGAGGAAGAGGAGGACUAGCCAGAACAGAAGACGGGAAUGUCCACUUUUGUCUAACUCCAGCGAUGAGGAGAACUCUGACUAAUGGACAGGACUGGUGAAGAUACAAGAAAUCAUACAAACUGUUGGAAUAGUUGGCACUCAUGAAGUAAAUACGGACCUUUUUAUGAAGCUAAGGAUAGCUUUUGCCCACAUUCAGACAAUACUUCAAAAAGACAGUUUGUCUCUGGUAUCUCAUAUAGUGACAGUUAAGUGAUAAAGGUUAAUCAUUUUAUUUCUGCAGUUUUCUAACAUUUAGUUUCAACAUUUACACAUUGUGUAUCUUGUGUGUUGCAUUGUCUAUUGUUGUUAUAGCUUACUGGUAAAUUAUAGCCGCGAUGAAAUGGAAGUAGUGACAAAUAAUAUUUUUCAUAUUGUGAUGUACAUCAAAGUGCAAUGCAUUAUCAAAAAAAAACUAGGGUAGGUACUUUAUUAUAUCCAUCAAUAGUUUAUUAGAUUUUGACAUAUGUGCAUUGCAUUCAAAAGUGAAGGCAGAAAGGCAUAUGUCACCAGAAGGACUAGUUUGGACUUU